AUGGCUAGUUCCAUCUCUGCGUAUUAUUCUACAAAUUAUACCCAAUGCGAGAUUGAUGAUAGCUUUUUUGCUUCUUCCCGCGGGUUUUCUAUUGCAGACUUUUCAAUCCAGUUUGUGACAGUUCCUGUUCAAGCGAUGACGUUUUAUUUAAUCAUUAAGAGAAGCCCUCCGAAUAUGCAAACAAUAAAAUUGCCUCUUAUAGUUUCUCAAUUUUGUGUUACAAUGUUAGACUUCUGGUUUGGAAUACUGGUAGUACCCUACCUAUUUUACCCAACUCUAGCACUAUUCGAUUGCGGGCUUCUUAAGUAUCUUGGUAUUCCUACUCGAGCAUCAAUUUAUUUUGGAAUAUUUAUAGUUAUCAGUAUGAAUGUUUCACUUAUUUUUUAUGAAAGUCGGAGUAGCUCUAUAGCUUAUAAUCGAUUUAAAAUCAAGAAUCAACCUGCCAGAGUCAUAUACUAUAUAUUUAACUACUUAUUGUACACUCCAGUGUCAUUAUUAACUCUUGCAAUUCCAAUAAAUCAAGAAACUGCCCAAUUAGAAAUUUUAAAAUCGAUGCCUUGCCCCACUAGAGAGUUUUUCACAAAUCCGACGUUUAUUGUCUUUUCUGAUAAAUUUUGGGCCAACUUUUUUCUAAUUUUUGUUUGUAAUUUCUAUAUGUCAGUUACGGCGGUGCAAGUACUUUUCUACGUUGGCUGUUCUGUACAUUACCUGUAUAUUGAGCCGGCUUUUAUCACUUCUUCCCAAACUCGUCACCUACAAAAAUUGUAUUUUACCGGAGUGCUGAUUCAGAACAUUGUGCCCUUUUCGGUGUUUGUAGUAAGCUAUCUGGUAGCUGCUUUGGCAAUUUUUAUGGGACAACUCACUCAAAGUGUUGUGAAUGCUUGUAUUUUACUGACUGGAACUCAUGGAUUUGUUAGUGCAUUGGUGGUUAUUUCAAUUCAUGGACCAUACCGGAGGGUGAUCUUACAAUUGUUCUCAAAGAGAAAAUCAUUUAAAAGAAUUCAGGGAAACCAAGGAAAUAGCAGCGUUAUUGGU